AAGUGCAGCCUGAACAUUUUUCUGAGACCAAAACCCACAGUUCAGAUCGCACCAUGGAUCUCGGCCUAGCAGAGGACCAUUUCUCACGACCUGUGGGUUCAUUUGUGGCAUCAGACAUUGAACAACUGAAAAACGCAAUAGAGGAGUGUAAGAAGCUAAUCUUGGAGCUGCCAGAACAUUCAGAGAAACAAAAAGACACAGUGGUGAAACUGAUCCACCUGCGCCUCAAACUGCAGGAACUAAAGGAUCCAGAGGAAGAUGAGCCUAAUCUCAGAAUCAUACUGGAGCACCGCUUUUCAAAGGAGAAGAGCAAGAGUGUAAAACAGACGUGUGACAAGUGUAGUACCAUCAUUUGGGGUCUCAUCCAAACCUGGUAUACCUGCACAGGGUGCUAUUAUCGUUGCCAUAGUAAGUGUAUGAAUCUGAUCACAAAACCCUGCGUCAGGUCAAAGGUGAGCCAUCAGUCGGAGUAUAAACUCAACAUCUGCCCAGAAAUUGGACUAGAUCGCCAGGACUACCGUUGUGCAGAAUGCCACACACCGAUUUCACUGAAGGGUGUACCGAGUGAGGCCCGACAGUGUGACUACACAGGGCAGUACUACUGCAGCACGUGCCAUUGGAACGACACAGCUGUCAUCCCAGCUCGUGUCAUUCACAACUGGGAGUUUGAACCACGCAAGGUCUGUCGCUCCUCUUUGCGGUAUUUGGCACUCAUGAUGUCACGUCCGGUGUUGAAGCUGAAAGAAAUCAACCCGCUGCUAUUCAACUUUGUGGAGGAACUGGUUGAGACCAGGAAACUUCGUCAGGAUAUUCUGCUGAUGAAACCCUAUUUUUUAACUUGCAAAGAGGCAAUGGAGGCCCGGCUGCUACUUCAACUACAAGAUCGACAGCACUUUGUGGAGAAUGAUGACAUGUACUCACUACAGGAUUUGAUUGACAUCUCCAACGGCAGACUCAGCUGUUCCCUCACUGAGAUCCACACAACUUUUGCGAAACACAUCAAACUUGACUGUGAGCGCUGUCAGGCCAAAGGGUUUGUCUGUGAGCUCUGUAAAGAGGGAGACGUCUUGUUCCCUUUCGACAGUCAUACCUCAGUCUGCCAGGACUGUGCUGCUGUAUUCCACAGAGAUUGUUACUACGAUAACUCCACUACGUGCCCACGAUGUGCCCGAAUGACUGAACGGAAACAGGAUGACGUGCCGGAUCAGAAAGAAGCUGAACUCCAGAAAUGAAGUCCUGCUCCCUUUCUCAGCCUACCAGAUGUUGUCCUCAGCCUACCAGGGGUCCAGGAGAUUUGAUCUAUAAAACUACCUUCUCGUAUUUGACUUACAUUAUUUAUGUUUGUGUUCCAGUGUUUUUCUUUUUCUUUUUCUAACGCACUACCUUAUGUAACAGGGAACUUCCAAACUCGUCUGGAAUCAAAUAAAUCUUUUAACAUAAGCACCAUCUUUUGAUGUAAUGCUCUGCAUGUGUGAAGUGAGGAUGAGUCAUCAUCAGUUCUCAUGUCUGUUUGUGUAAAGUUAGUUUAUUUUCCUUUAGAUGCAUUAUUUCUCAGUUAGAGAUCACACGUCUGUGCUCAGUUACACCACAUGACCAGCUCUGCAGACUCCUUACAUAAAGCCUGUCCUGUUUUAUAAUUUUUUUUUAGAAUGAGAUUUCCAGCUUCAAAUUCAAAAAAUACAGUCCUGUUUUAUGAUUUCUGCAGAAUAGUAAAACCUUGUGCUCAACUCGGAAUCAUUUUAUUGUUUAAAGAUGGUUUCACUGAAAUCUGGUUAACUGUGAUCGUUGUUACUUUAGUUCUCUCACUGAUUUGAGACUUGACUUAUUAAUCUGUUUUAGGAUUUUAUGAAGUCUUAAAUUUAUGUUUUCAGGCCUUUCUGUUAUAUUUACGGUCAGCAUUUCUCCCCGUUCCCCCCUCUGGAUGCUGAAUUGCUAAAGAUAAUUGUACGACAAAAGCAGGUGUGUGUACUGAUGACAUAACGACAACAGAUAUCGAUUCAUAGCAUGUAUYUGCCGUAAUAAGACGUGUUUUCACUUUUAUUUAAAACUCUGAAUUUGUUUGUACAUUUGUGUUUUUUAUCUCUUUCUGCUUCAUGCAUUGUAGAAGAUCGCUGUGGAUCCUCAUGAACGUUGUGUGCCUGAGAUGUUUACGUUAAAGCUGGUAUCCAAAUGUCUUAAUGCCAUCAUUUUAGUGGGUUCAGUCUUACAGCACUGACAACACAUUGUGUCCAGAGAUUAUAAAUAUAUUAGGUGGUAAAUUUGUGUAAAUGUGAUUGUUGAAAACUAUAUUUUGUCUGUGUUUUUUUUUCCCAGCAGCAUGACGUACUGUAUUUUUUUAAUUUUUGAAGCACAUACAUGGUGUUGCUAAAAGCAAUGCCCUGUUGUAAAACAUCCUAUCAGUGCAUGAAUAAAAUCAUUGAAAUCAUUUAAA